CAGAAAUUGAAGUCAGGGGAGUCAAGUGUUGAGCGGGGUGCUCCAGUUCGGAGCCUCCGCCCUCACGAAGACGUCGCCUACCGUGUCGAGGUACGGCGGUAUGUCCGCGUCGGCGUCGCCGUGCGAGGAGCGCGCGCGCUCCCCCCGGGCCGGCGCGUCGCCCUCGUCUGCACCCCGGUCGCCCGCGCCUGCACACGCUGUGCUCGCCACUAUGACCCCGGUGCAGCCUGCGCACGACUACUACCCGCACAAAGUAGAGAUGGACUCCGAUGAUGGCUACCCCCCGGAGGCGCACUCUUACCGCCAUUCGCCGCACGAACUGGCAGCAUACGCUACAGAUAGCAAAGUGCCCGUGCAGCCUGAUGUCUACGACCAAGGAAUGGAGUCCAUGGACGAGAAGACCCCAAUAGAUUUAAUAUAUGAAGAUGAGAAGCAAACCGUGAUAUACACAACAACCCCAGACCAGAAGCGCGUAGAGAUGAUAAGCGGCCAGCUGGAUGAUGGUCAGCUGGUCAGUAGCGGUGGUCAGCUGGUGGAUGGGGGAGUAUCGGUGGUGGUCGGCGCACCCGGCCAGCCCACCGUGCUUGUACUGGCUGACCACGUCGUCGACGAGCUCGGACAAGUCAUCACUAUACCCAGUGUCGAGUUCUCCAGUGUAACGGUUGUGCGCGUUAGGAGCGGCGCGUGUGGGCGGAGCGACGCGCUCACCUUGAACUUGCCGCGAGAGCCGCGUCCGCGCCGUGCGCCCGCGCCGCCCAGCCACACUGCGGACCACGACACACCACAUCGAGAUGCUGCGAUCUCGCCAAUUGCCAUUGUAUCGACACUAACUUCUCAUUAUAAUGAUGAUACAAGCUAA